AUGGUACGUCAGAAGAAAACGGAUAAGACAGUGGGUAGAUUCAAUGAAGAUUCUAUGAGGGAAGCAGUCAAUCUAGUUAAUAGUGGUAUAUCAAUUCGUCAAGCUGCUAGAGAGAAAAACUUAAGCUUUUAAACCGUAAGCAGAUACGUAAAGAAAUACAGAGAUGAUCCCGAAUGGCGAAUGGCUCCUAACUAUAAAAUAAACCAAAUAUUUUCUUUGGAACUAGAGGAAGCUCUCGUUGAUUAUAUCAUAAACGUGUUCAAAAAUGUUUUUACAGUUUAACAAUUACCGAUUGUCGCAAACUUUCAUAUGACUUAGCGAAAGCAAAUAAAUUAAAAAUUCCAAAAAAUUGAGAGGAGGAAAAAAAAAGCUUCAGUCGACUGGUAUAAAGGAUUUCGCCAUAGACAUCGUACAAUAUCCUUAAGAACUCCAGAGGGAUGUAGUCUAGCAAGAGCAGCAGGAUUCAAUAAAGAAAAUGUAAACUUAUUUUUUAAUAAGUUGGAAAUAGUUUUGCAGCGACAUCCAAAAUUUUUCAAAUGGAUUCAGAAUUUACAAUUUAGACGAAACCGGAACUUUGACAGUUCAAAACAAUUCGACAAAGAUUGCUAGCCAAAAAAAGGCACUAGACAAGUGUCUAAAAUUCAAAGCUGUGAAAGAGGUACACUUGUUACCACAUGCUGCAUUGUAAGCGCAAAUGGAAGUGCAAUCCCACCCGUAAUGGUAUUUCCGAGAGUCCAUUUUAAAAGCCAUAUGUUGGCAGGAGCGCCAUGUGGGACGUUAGGCUUGGCUACGAAAGCAGGAUGGAUGAACACAGAAUGUUUUAUUGAAGUUUUAAAACAUUUCAUUAAACAUACUUGUAGUUCAAAAGCUAACCCUUCACUAUUAAUCAUGGACAACCAUGAGAGCCAUAUAUCUCUUGAAGCUAUCAUUCUGUGCAAAGAUCGGUCACUGUUUUGACUGUGCCUCCUCAUUGCACCCAUCGGUUGCAACCAUUAGAUGUGGGUCUGCUAAAACCGUUUCAUAUAUUUAUAUACAACGAUGCUUUAAGUCGUGGGAAAAAAGCUAAUCCGGGCACACCUGUGACAAUCUACCAUGUAGCAUCAUUUGUGGGACUCGCUUACCCCAGAUCUAUGACACCUGUAAAUAUAUCGGCAGCUUUUAAAAAAACUGGAAUAUUUCCCUUUGACCGUCACGUAUUUAAUGAUGAUGAUUAUUUCGCAAGCCAAGUUACAGAACGACCAUUAGUUAAUUCACCAAAUAUUGAUCCAAAACCAUCUACCUCGACAGGAGGUACCACAGAUAACUCUAUCAAGAACCAGGACGUAACUCCAUUACAGAAAUUGUCACCUUCAUCCACAAGUGGAAGAAAAUUGACAUUUGUAAGUCCAUCAGCUAUUCGUGAAUAUCCAAAAAAAAGUCUGACAAUUUCGGUUAAAACUAGAAGAAAAAAGGCAAGACUAUGAUUGCU